UUUUGAUUUUGAACAAAAAAAAAAUAAGAGAAAAGAAAAGUCAUAAAUAAUAAAGCUCGUUAUUCAGACAGUCAACUUUUAACCCUUUUAAUUGCAUAUAUUUUUCUAUUUUGUGGCUUUAUUGUUCAAGAUAUCCACCAUCCGAUCAAUCCCGAUCAUUUUGCAGCCCUAAAACCGUCCUCAAAGAAAUGAAAUUGAAAUUCUUCUACUAAGUUAAAUCAUUCUUCAGACUAUAUCUCUAAUGGUAGAAAAAAACAUCGCGCAAUGUGAAAAAUCUGAAAAAGAUGAAGAUUCUAAUAACACAGAAUCCGAUAGUACCGAGAGUACUUUUCAUGAACAAAAUCUUUACUUAGCUUCGUUUCCCUUGAUAGCUUCGUUCGCAUUGCUAAACUAUCUUUCGCACCUGUUAGUUGCACUAUUUCGGUAUAUUUUGCAACAUAUUUUAAAGAUAAGACGCUUCGUUCACAGACCUUUGCAGAGCCGUUGUAUCGAUGUGCAGACCGACGUCGAAAUGCCGAAACAGACUGGUAAUCUAGAAAACCAGUUGGUUAAACAGAAAGCCCACCAUCGGAAAGCGUUCGAGUAUAUUUCUAUGGCUUUGAAAAUCGACGAAGAGAAUGAAGGCAAUAAAAAGCAAGCCAUUCAGCUGUAUGAAAAAGGUAUAAUCGAAUUAGAAAAAGGUAUUCUGGUUGACUGCUCUGGCCAUAAAGGAGAAGCAGGGGAACGUGCUCAACGACUGCAGGACAAGAUGAGGACGAAUUUGAAAAUGGCUAAAGAACGUUUGAAAUUUUUGGUCUCUAAUAAUUCACCGGUCAAUGCACAUCGUCGUUCGAACAGCUUAACGAUGCCAAAUCGGAAAUACUCGAUGAAAAGUCACUCUCCUGUCAAUACUCCUGGUUCAUAUGGCAAAGUACCUAGUUCCUAUACGCCUCCGGCGCUUAAAAAACAAUCCUCGGCUCCAUCAGCUUCGCCAGGCCAUAAAGGGCAAGCAUUAUCUAAGAGUAAAUCUUCGGAUACUGUCAAAACACCUGUGCUAAAAGGAGUAGAGCAGUCUUUGGUGAAACGUAUCAUGGACGAAGUCCUUGAAGAAUCACCUUCUGUGAAAUGGGAAGAUAUAGCUGGUCAAGAGGUUGCCAAGCAAGCUUUGCGUGAAAUAGUUAUAUUACCAGCACAGCACCCCGAGCUGUUCACCGGAUUGCGUACCCCAGCUCGAGGAUUACUGCUUUUUGGGCCUCCUGGUAAUGGAAAAACAUUACUAGCCCGAGGUGUUGCUACUGCUUGCGAUAUGACAUUUUUCAAUAUCAGCGCAGCUAGCGUCACUUCGAAGUACGUAGGUGAAAGUGAAAAGUUGGUCAGAGCGUUGUUCGCAUUAGCUAGAAAAUUACAGCCGUCGAUUAUAUUUGUCGAUGAAGUGGAUUCGUUCUUGACUAAACGAGGUAACGAUGAAUCUGAAGCUAGUAGAAGACUAAAAACGGAAUUUUUGAUUGAAUUUGAUGGCGUUAGUUCAAAUCCGGAGCAUAGAUUAUUGGUCAUGGCUGCAACCAAUCGACCUUAUGAGUUGGAUGAUGCUGUGUUAAGGAGAUUUUCAAAACGGAUUUAUGUAGCUCUGCCAGACCACGAUAUGCGCAAAGGAUUACUGAAACGUUUAUUAGACAAUAAUAAUUGUCGACUGAGCCCUGAAGAGUUAGAUAAGAUUGCAGCACUCACCGAAGGAUAUUCCGGCAGUGAUCUGACAAAUUUAGCCAAAGAUGCUGCUCUGGGUCCAAUCAGGGAUUUGAAAUUAGAACAGACUAAUAAACCUGGAACUCUAAAGGUAAGAGAUAUAACAUUCCAAGAUUUUCAAGACUCGUUAAAACGAAUAAGACGUAGCGUGCCUCCUUCUACUGUUGAAAUAUACGACAAAUGGAACGCUGAAUUCGGUGAUAUCACUUGUUAAAUCGUCACCAUGACGCGACGUCUAGUCACGCAUCGCCGAUGCUUUAAAUUUAAUUAUCCUAGAUACUUAUAUAAUUAUUUGUUUUUAAGUGAAAAAUUCUCGCUAUUUUGCGCUUCAUUGUGAUUAAACUGGUCAAACGAUUGGACUGAUAGUUCAAUAGGAAAGGUAUUGAUGAAUAUAGCCAUGUGACGCGGUCAAGUACAAAAAUCAGUUACCAUUUGAAUACAUUUUGUAUUAAUUUUAUAAAUUCUAACAUUUAAGAUACUAUCGAUCUUAUUUUUAUGCCUCCUGUAGGCUUUUUAUGGCUGCAAAAAAAAAAAAAGGAACAAACCACGCGAACAUCAUUUUUUCUUACAUUUUAGGGAUUCGAUUGUGAUUCGUUUUAAGUAAUAAUGCACUUCGUAAUUACACCAAUGCACCGUCUGAUUUUUUGUACUGAUUAAGUAAUUUUUUUAAAAUGUUUAAUAGAUGAAAAUAUUGACAAAUCUUUAAUCGAGUGAUUAUUUGAUUCGGUGCACUGAAAAGUAACUUCAUGAGUGAAUUUUUUUAAAUGGAAAUUUAAUUAAUUAGUGCCAUGGCGUUGUCUUGAAUCAAUUUACUAUGCCUAAGCUUUAAGUUAAUGCAUCGAGAUUCCACUUGUGAUAUUUUUAUUUUUAUAUCACGUUAAUUUUCUACGCUUGUUUAAAUUUAUUAUUUGUCAAUUUCUUAUUUUAGAAAAUUACAAUUCUUAAGCGAUAUAAA